AGCCAUUCCGGCUCAAGAGCGCUGGGGCGGUCAGCUCCGUCGGCCUGGGCACCCUCUGCGCCACGGGGGGUCCGCCGGGGAGGGCAUGGGCGACGACCGCCGCUUGCAGCCAAGGAACCUGUUCCCCCACUUUGAGGCGGUGGCACGCGUGUGCGCGGCGCUUGCAGGCUCAAGGAGCCGCUCUGGUCCGGCAGCUCGCGCAGGCCGUGGGGACAGAUCCUCGUCGACGCCGCGAGGGUGCGGCAAGCUCUGGGAGCGCCUGGAGCACGAGAGCCCGCGCAGCGGGACACCACCGGCGAGGCCCUGCCAGGCCGUGGCGCCGUUUGAGACAGGAGCCAAGGUAACGGCGCCCCAGGGGGGCCGCAAGAGGUCUCGAUCGGACGGGCCUGGCAGCCCCGCUGCCAAGGACAGCGCCAAGCGUCGCCCGGCUGCGAUGCACGGAGCGGAAGCAGCAGCCAAGGCCGCCGCGGCGGCAGCCUCGUCAGCGCCCGCCCCCGCGCGCGCCCCCGCGCGCGGGGCAACCCGCACACCAGCCGCCCCGGUGCGCGGGUCGUCUUGCGCGCCGGCCGCGCCCGCGCGCGCAGCCGCCCGUGCGCCAGUCGCAGCCGCGCGCUCGGCUGCCGCUGCGCCGUCCGAUGCGGCCAGCGCGGUGGCCCGCGCGGGGCCAGCCGCCAAGCGGGCCGCUCCGCAGGCAGGGGGCGCCAAAGCGUCUGCCAAGCGCCUGCGGCGGCCAGCGGCCGCGAGCCGCUGAGGCCCCGCUGGGGCCGCCUGCCGGCGCAGCCCCCUGUCGGCCCAGCCGCCUGCCGGCUCGGCGCGGGUGGGUCGCGCUGCCGCAGGCAGCGUCGCCUUGGAGUCGGGUCGCGGGGGUAGCGGCGCGCGUGGGCCGGCAGCGCAGGGCGCCGUGAGGCGGGGCGCCGCGGGCAGGUAGCAGCGGUGGCCGGCGGUUCAAGGGCUGAGCCCCCCAGAUGGGGCCUCCACCUGAAGGAUGGGGCGUUAAGGGUAGGAAUGUGCAUCAUACAUUCAACCUGCACUGUUUGAGGUUUCGUCUUAUGGGCCCCAUCCGUCAAGGCCCCAUCGUUGAACCGCCGAGGGGAUGUGAUCGGGCCAUUUCCUGUCAGCAGUAGUGCAGCGUGACGCGCUGAGUGGAAGGCCAGCCACACUGGUGCCAAUAGUCAUCUGCUGUGCGUGGGGAACGCGCAGGCUGAAACAGAAUAAUCAUAAUCAUACGA